AACCCGAUAAGUGCUUUAAACUCUAACAAACUACUUAAGUAUUAAAUAAUUUAACAUUUUGAUACUAGCCUAAACAUGCCUUAUCCAAGGAGUUUUCUUUCGAUGCGCGUAUAUUAUCGCAAAACGUUACACUUAGGAUUAAAGAUGCUCUCUCUGGCCGGAGACAUUUAAUAUCAUCCAAAAUGGCUGCAUCCAUAUAUGCCACCCCACCGCCAGAUCUGAGCAGCGAGGACACUGCUCUCUCCGACGUCUCCAACUCAUCGACACUCAACACGAACAGGAACAACCACACCAGCGGCAGCAACAGCAACAAUCCACAUGAAGCCGCAGGAGCAACACCCACAGCCACGUCAGCCACAACCAGAGGAGCAACAGGAGCAGGAGGAGUGGAAAGCACUUCACCCGCCGACCAUUUGGUGCCGGCAAUGGAGCUGGAACUGGAGCCGAAGCCAGCGGGAAGCGGAGCCAAUGAGGCGGACCAAUUGGAGGAGGCAGAGGAUGGACGCAAGGAUGUGGAUGCGGAGGAGGAGGUGGGCGAUGCCAACAUGGCCACCAUGGCAGCAGCCAUGCAGCUGCAGAUCCUGGAGGCCCUAAGUGAUGCGGCCAAGAAGCGACGCAAACAGCACAAUCCCAGCCGCUUGGAGGCGCUCAAUUUGAGUGGGGAACCCACUGGUGAAGUGGGUCAAAAGAAAGCAGACUCCUCCACCGUGGACUACGAGGACAAGUUGUCGAAGAUGUUCCUUCCCAAGUCGAUUGAGCAGCUAAAGGAGACAUUCGAAAUGCUGCAGCAGCAAAAGCAAGAGGAGGAGCAACCGGAAGCGGGAGAGGAAAUGGAAGCGGAAACGGAAGCCAUGGCAGACAUAUCAGAAUCCAGCAAGCAGCGCGAGAAUCCAUACCACACUUACUGCAAGCAGUGCGGCGAGAGUUUCGAGACCGAGUUCAAGUUGAGCCUGCACAUGUUGCAGGAUCACGGCGAGGAAAGGUCCGGUGAUCAGGAUCCCGCUGACUUUCUGGCCUCCAUCAAGGUGAAGCUGGAGCGUGCCGACAUUCCCAGUCCGCAACAGGAGCAGAAUAUGCAGCACGACCUUACCAAUGGUCAUGGCAAGGACUUGGAACGGGAGCAGGAGCACUGGUUCCAGGCCAUGCAGGCGCAGCACCAUCCACAUGGUCCACAAAUGCCGCCUGCUUUUCCAUUUCCACCGGAGGCAGCCUUGGGACCUGCUGGCUACCUGCCACUGCUCGGCAUGUCCGGGUUUCCAGGAGUGGAUGGUCUCAACCGCCCUCCAUUGAGGAUCUUCAAUCCCGAGGCCUACUGUGAGCUGUGCAACAAGGAGUUCUGCAACAAGUACUUUCUCAAGACGCACAAGGCCAACAAGCACGGCAUCUUUGAUCCCGUUGGCGAAUCGAGCUCCAGCAACACCUCCAGUCACCACAAUAACAACAACAAUAACAUCACCAGUAGUAACAACAAUACCAGUGCUCACCCCAAUCCCAGUAUGAGUUCCAUGAGCCAAAUGUUCCAGCUGCAGAGGGACGCUCAGGUGGCGAAACAGGAUCCCACACCAGCCGGCGGAGCAUCGAAUCCCGUGGCCUCGGUGCACUGCGACAUCUGUUCCAAGCGUUUCACCAACAUCUUCGCCAUGCGUCGCCAUCGCGCCAAGCAGCACGAGGCACAACCAGCUGCCCAAGUUUCACCCAACUCCCAGACACCCAUGCAAUCGCAAUCCCAUCGAGGAAGUCCCAACGAGCCAUCGCAUCCCACUAUAAAGCAGGAAAUGUCACAGGAUGCGGAGAUCAAGCCCUAUCAGUUGCCCGAGGGUUUCCGCGAGGACUUCACAAUGGAGCAGGAGGAGCUGAGCUUUGUGCCACCACCCCGGAAGUUGCCCUCCCAUCUGCAGCAACAGGCGAAGGAUUCGAACUUCAAUCCCGACAAGCUACGUCGCCUGGGCGUCCAGUUUCCCGACUUCUUCUGCGAGCUGUGCUGCCGGGAGUACGCCAAUCGAUACUUCCUACGCACUCACAAGUGGAAGCGCCACGGUCUGUUUGUGCCACCCGAAGACGUGGCACCACAGCCAGGCAGCAAGGAUGAAGCCCAGAUGGCCAGUGCUUGGCCCUUCAUGCCACUCAAUCUGAUGCUGGCCAAGGCAGCAGCAGCCACCAUGGAUCAGCAGGAGCAGGAGCGCGAGCAGGAUGCGGAAGCGGAUUCAGAGCAGCCCAGUAAGAGGAUCAAGUUGGAACAGGGACAGACACCGCCGGAGGGAUACGACGAGGAUAAGCUGAAUGGUUCGGUGGUGGGCUUGCAGAAUCUUCAGAAGCUGCAGUCCAUGUUGCAGCAACUGAACGACAUCAAUGGCAAGCGCCCGCUACCCUGUCAUCUUUGUGGCCAGGAGCAGGAGAAUCAGUAUACAUUGAGGGCUCACUUGAUGACCGAACAUGCUGGCCAGAUGCAACUGCCCAUGCCCAUACCGAUUCCACUGCCCGACCAGCAGGCCCCACAUCCCAUGGCCAGUUUGUACCAUGCCCAGGGAAAUCCGCAAACUCCGCCGGCGCCAGGAGCCAGAUCUCCGCCAGGUUGUGAUCUGCGCUGCCAACAGUGCGAUCGUGAUUUCGCCACACCCCAGGAAUUCAAGCAACAUAUCGCCGAGGUGCACUUGGGCAGAAACGGAGGCCUGAUCGGAAGUCCCCUGCGCGAGGGUUUCUUCACACCCGAACGCCCAGUGGCGCCGUCAGCGGGCGGACCCGGAACCCCAGCCGCUCCGGCUGCAAAUCGUCCACCUUAUACCCUAACACCCACGAGCAGCUACUGUGAGAUCUGCAACAAGGAGCUGUGCAACAAGUACUUCAUGAAGACGCACAUGCAGCGGAUGCACGGCAUCGAGAUCGAGAAUGGCGCCCAGAUUGGUGGCGUGGUGUGCAACAUAUGCAACAAGGAGCUGUGCAGCAAGUACUUCCUGCGGGUGCACAAACACAACACCCAUGGCAUUAUCGAGGAGGGAUCCCCACUGCCACAGCCGAGGGGUCAAAAUGGAGUCAAAGCCGAUGCAGCCGCCGCCGUAGCAGCAUCACAGCCAUCGCAAGCGCAGCAGGAUCAGGACCUCAAUGUCUCACCAACCACUGUGGAGGGGAGUGGUGGCAGUUCAUCCAACUCGUCCCAUGAGGUGUGCCCACUCUGCUCUCGCCAAUUCCGCAGCUUCAAGUGGCUGCGAUCCCAUCUGAUGAACGAACACGGAACCGCCGGAGUGGAACGCCUCCGGGAAAUGGACACCACCCAGUCCUCAACGCGCAGCAAGCCGAACAGCCCCACGCUCAAGAUUCCCAACGGAAGUGGCAGUAACCCAGGAGCAGCGGGUGCCGGAGCCGGAAAUACCGCUCCCAAUCUCGCCCAGGCCCUGCAAAAUCUCAAUGCCCAGCAUCUCUUUGGCCAAAUGCAACAGCAGCAGAUGCCCAAGAUGCCACCACUUCCCUUGCCCGGAAUGUUUGGCGAGCAGGCGGCCCGGUUCAAGGAGUACCAGUGCUCACUGUGUCCCUUCAGCACGCCCUACUACGCCUUCUUGUUCAUCCAUGAGCGAUCGCAUGCUCUGCUCAACAACGGAGGUGAGGGCAUGGAGUUGCCCAUGGAGACGCCGCCACCACAACCCUCCAGAAGUUCGGGUAAAUCACGCAGCAAAUCCAGCAAAUCGAUGGUGGCACCUCCUCCCACUAAAUCCGAAGAAACAGAGCCUCCACUGGAGCCCACCAAUCUCAGCACCUCAGCGCCCAAGGUGGCAUCCCGUUCCCCCUCAACUGGGGCUGGAUCUCCUCCCGCCUCCUCCCCCAAAGCAACCAGCUCAACUUCGCCCAAGAUUCAACGCCGUCGAUCCACUUCCAAGCCCCCGACGACGCCAAAUGGAUUGGGCAGUGCAACUGGUGGCCACCGAUCGGCGGCCACCUCGCCCUUCGAGGGCUGCGGGGAAUUGGCCAACGGCAUUGGCAAGCCGGCCAGCUAUGCCCAACCGGAUGGGGCAGAGGAAGCAUAUCAGAUGCAGGCCUUCCACCUGCAGCCCGCCGACCAGGACUCCGAGAUGCAGUUCGCACCCGCCCUGGUCUACCUGCCCGUCCGCGUCCGGGCCUCGGAGUCGGCCACGCUCAGCUUCCGGCUCACACCGGCCUAAAGGUGCCACAUGCAACAGGUAUAGUGUUGCCAGCGUAAGUUCAACCCAUAGAAACCAAAGAAGCCCCACAAAGUCACGGGAUUGGAACACUCUGGAGAAAACUUUCGUUUUUUCGAAUCCAUUUCUGUCUUUAGCUCGAAGGUAUGAAGAUUACAGGAAAUCCUUGAGUGUUUCGAUCCCAGGAACUCCCAGACUCCCCCCCACUAAAUAGUUAAGCAAACGAAGUUAGGAACUUGAACAAGACAAAAUAGUGGAACUACAAAAGACUGAGUGCGCAUAUUAGUUGAGCUCAUUAUUAAUCUUAAAUAUACAAAAUCCAUAACACAACAAUCGAUCAAUAUCUAAGCCCGAAAUCGAGCCCAAAAGUUGACCAUGUCCAACAUGGCGCUGAUCAAAUCUACAGCCUAUAUAACAAAGAAGAACAAGUCCGUUUCAGCUGGCAGCACUAUGCUAAUCAUCAAAAUAUGAUAAAUAUACAUAGCAUAUAUUUUGAUAGACGCAUGACAAAGCAUAAACCAUAACAUACCGCAACCUAUAACAUACAUAUAUCUCUAGUGAUUAACUAUCAAAGUUCCUAUGCGUAAUAGUAAUCUAUCGCAAUCGAGUUGCAGAAAAUGAGAAGAGAUGGUCGAAGGAAUCUAAAUACGUACAUAGAUUAGGCGAGGGGAAGGCGAAAAGUGGAGGGAUGGAUCCAUUGGAAAAAGUACCAUAUAUACCACUUAGAAGGAUUAUAUAUCGUAGUAGCAGCAUAAAAUCAAAAUUACAAUUAUACAUUUCUCAACUAGAUAUGAGGUGGGUUUUGUCGUGCUUAGAUUAGGACUAAUCGGUCGCGGGGAUCGAAACAUAUAUACAUAUAUAUAUGGCAUAUAUGUGGCGUAUUAAAAAUGCUAUGGUAAAGCUUCAGCACAAACAAAUUGCUCAAAAUCAAAAUCUUUAUAGCGAAGACUACACUUUUAGGAUGUUUUUAAACGACGGCCCUGGAGAUUUUCACUUCCUUUAAAUAUCCUCUAGAACACACUCUAACAUUAACCGCAUCUGAACCAAGUUAUAUCCGAGGAAAUGUCUUCACUUAAACAUAAUUCCAGCGCACAACGUGUACAUAUAAAGUUGUUAAAGCUAACACCAUGAUAGUUCAGAUUUUGGGUAGUCAGAUAGAUGAAGGGAAAACUAAUGCCAGAUGGUAAAAAUUAAGAACAUUUAAACAACUCAGGGCAAAAGUACAAUGACCAUUAGUACUUUUUUAUACAAACAUAUUUAGAGAAACCAAAAACCAAAAGCAUACGCAAGUAAAUAUUAACAUAAUAAUAAAUUAAAUAUAUUAUGAAACGUUAAAAAGAUAACAAGAAUGCUACCUCAGACGGACUUGAAAACAAUAAUUUAAAUAAAAUGAAUUUAUAAAGAAAAUCUACGAUACCAUACGAAACCCUUCAAGCUAAAUCUAAUUUCGUGUAGUAACUUUACCUCAAACAGAAUUACACUUUACUUUAUUCACAGUUCUAACAUAUAUCCUAUGAUUUAGUUAUCCAUUCUAAGUUAAAACAUUCCAAAGACAAGAACUAGUCGCAUAAACAAACGAAAACCAAACCAUUCUAGUCAAACGAAUAAGAUAAAAUAGUUUUAAAUGUAAAACAGGAAGCCAAAACAGAUCGAUCAACUCUUCAGUUUUGGGCGACGAUUUUCGCAGAUUAUUUUUUAGUGUUUAAGAAUUUGUUCUUUGGCGAGAAGAGUUGCCCAAAAUGAGUUGAUCGCUCCGAGAUGAAUUUGGAUCGGCGAGGAACUAUUUGCUAUAUUCAAAAUUUCCUCUUUUAAAAACGUGUGUUUUUUAAAAUGCUGCGUGCCUUUUAGCAAAUACUUCGCCGAGUCCACAACACCAAAAAAAAAUUUGAACUUUAAAAACGAAAUGAAAUUUUACAUAGAACUACGAAUAUAUGUAGAUCCUAAUUUUAAUUUACCUUUCACUUAUUCCUUAGUUAUUAUGUCUUACUUUAACUGUGUAUAUAUGUAUCGAAUAAAUGUCAUGCAAUUUAUAUUUGUUAAACUUGAGUUUCCUUUAUGAUUUCCAUGUUAAUUUCUGAUUUCCCAAUUUGUAUGUACUUUUAACCCCAAUUGAAGUGUGCCAGUCUCGAGUCCAAGGUCUUAAAAAAUCUGUAUCUUCAACUUAUCGCCUGCGAAGUUGUCGCCGAUAGGGGAAGACCCUUUUUUCUUUUGUUUCGAAUUUUCUUCUUUUUUGAAAACGUUCCCAUAGGGGACCUUCAUUUCUCGGGGUGUUAUAUGCUGGUCCAACGCCUUGGCGACUUCAAUUAUUAAAUUGCCAUUUGAUUCAAUUUGUCAACAAUGGCUUGAGAGCCUAUCUGCAACUUGUUUAAUCAUUUUAAAAAACUCACAGGCAGCUGCCUCGUUCUCUUUCCUUUCAAACGCAACCGAAAACAGCACCCUCAUAAUAAAAAAAAGAAAACAUAAUAAGUGAAACUGUUUCCGGCUUUGGGUCAGGCCUUGACCAACCCCCUGAUUAGAAUGUUUGCAUUAAAAAAUACAUCCGUUUGAAUGGCUAUAUAUUCCGUUGGAAAAAAACCUAAGCAACGAUAACAAAAACCCAGCAUGGUCAUGUGAGGGUCAAGUUGGAGGGUCAGCAGCUGCAGUUUGAGUUUGAGUUUUCAAAAAAAAAAGGAAAAAGAAAAAGUUUCCAAGCCGGAAUCCAAAUCGAUAUUGCCAUGGUUAUUGAUUCAAUGCAGCCACCCCCCUCCGGGCGGUGAAUCUCGCCCGUUUUGGCAGUUAAUUAUUUGUCACGUGUCCAUGCAAAUUUCAUCUCAUUGAUUACGGCCAGAUAUCUGAUACUUUUCCGACUGCCGUGCAAUUAAAGAUUGGCUCGAGCAGCAACCCCCUCGCUUUGGCCAGGGGAUGCUGGCAAAUUCAUAAAUAUAUAUUUCUGCGAUUUUCCCCGAAAUGGGUUCCAUUGAAUUUUUAUGGCAAUUUGGGAAAAUCUGCUGCCAAGAAUUUUUAAGGGCGCACACAAUGGUGCAAAUGACCAAAUGCAGCGCUACCCCAUGGUGCAUUUGCAUCGAUUUAAGGGUGUCCGCGCCGCUAUUUGCAUGUUUAAAAGUGAGCUGGAAAAAUUGCGAUUUAUAUAAAAAUGGAAUGAAAAGAGAAAAAAUGGCAAGUGCCAAGGGUGAUUUGGCAGCCACCCCAUGCAAAUUCUUUGUUUCCGCUGGUCUCGGCAUUUUGGCAAUUUUGGAAAACGAUUAUUUUUAUUUCCCUUGAUUUCGGCAUGACUGCAACCACCACUCGACAGAGCGCACAAAUUAAAAACGACAAGGAUAUGUUUUCUUAAUCUAAAGCUAAAUAAAUUUUACAACACAAAACCCAACAACAACUUGCAACGUACCUUGAGCAUAAAUCAAAAUUUUGUAUGACCUUCGGUAGGGUCAGGCUGCAAAAACCAAAAGAAAAUCAAAAAAUACAAUUUUAGUAGCGCUAAGCAAGAAAACAAAAGCAAAAAGCAAAAAUCGAAAAUCAAAAAAUUACUUUCUUUAUAAAUAUUUUAGUUGUAGGCUUAAGUCAAAGCAGCAAAAUGCAUUGAGAAAUUAUUAAUUAAUUGAUGUUGAAGUUGGAAGAAGAGAGAAGAAAUUGGAGAUAAAUGUAACACAAAGACGUGAGAGCGCAAAUCAAAAGCCACGAGCAAAAAAUCAAACAAAAUUAAAUUUAAAUUUAAUAUAAAACGAAACCCAAGAGAAUAACAUUUAUUUAGCAAUUGGCAAAUGUAUGAGAUAUAUACACUUAUAUAUCGAUAUAUAUAUAUAUAUUACUUAAACCUAAACAAUUUUACUUUGUUAUUAUGUAAAACUAUGUGUGAGUAACUUAAAGAUGAUAUGAAGGAGAAAUUGAACAAAAUAAUUUAUAUUAUAUGUGAAAUCUGAAAUGUGAAAGAGCAAAAGAAUCAAAAUCGGUGGAGAACCAAACAUUUUUCAUUUCAUUGUA